CGCUAAGUUGUUCAAGUGUUUUAGUGCAAUGACGUCACAUGUCCUACGUUAAAGUUUGAAUACAAGAAGGAAUCAUGAAAUACGUAAAAAUAUUUGUUUACACUGCGUAUAUACUUUCUUUUUUAAUUUAUUUAAAAUGUAAAUAAGUAUUUAUUAACAUUAUAAUGUACAAUGAUGUAUUCGCAAGUGCAUGGGUUGUGUGAGGUUAUGUUCUUUUAGAAUAAUAUGUGCAAAGAAUUCACUCACGUUCAAAGGGUGAGAAUCCUUUUCAAAACAAUUUUAAAGUUACACAGAGGGAUGCCGGAGGCGCUACAAGUACUAGGAAAUAACUACGUUAAAGAUGAAUUUAAGAGACAUAAGACAUGUAAUCCAGCAGAAGCGUCAGUCUUCAUGAAUGAAUGGACAGGAUACGCACUUAACCUCUCUGAACAACUUGGCCUUCGAGGUCCUCGCACUGCUAAACCACUGGGCUUGCAUCUAUCAUCCGAUCAGCUUGAUGCAUUAAAUGACCAGCAGGUACGCCAGUUGUAUGAAUUAUUACAAGCUGCCAGCAACUUAACAGAAGAUUCUACGGGUACUUAAGAAUAAUAAUAUGUAUAAGAAAUUGGAGGAAACUGUAGUACCUUUAUUAUAAAAAUACAAAGAUAUUUUAUGACAACUUGCAAAAGAAAGAAAGAUAAUUUCAUUGUGUUUUUUACUUUAUGUCAAAUACUGGAGAUUAAUAGAGAGGAGUACUUGUGUCUUUUGUAUCAAUAUCUGAUGAAGUGAAUGGUUUAUAAUUAACAUAAUCCUUGGUGUGAAGUUACAAUCUAAAAAUGAAUUUGUUUAACUCUUUUAAAAAUGUAAUUAUAAUUUAGUUAAAUUUCAGAACAUUUGAUAAUAUUAAUCAUAAUUUAGAGAGAGUAUUUAGUUAUAAAAAACUAAAUUUGUGUAUCAGUUUAUUUUAUGAAUUAUUUUUUCUCUGAAAAUUGCAUUUUAUACUCUCUAGCAAUUCUUAUCAAUGUUGUAUUGUUAAAUGUAAAUUGUGAAACUUGGUACUAGUUGAUUUUGAAGCCAGAUAUUCAAAGAUGUUGGUUUGUCAUAUAAUGUAUAUUUCUUUUGAUUGUAUAAUAAUUGUAUAAAAUACUAUUUAAUUGUUAUUUCUCUGAUGGCUAAGUAAAAUUCUUUUACUAAGUAUAUCUGUUAGUUUUUAUUUCUAUUUAUUUAAUAAAAACAGAUGUAUUAAUUCAAAUCGAUCAUUUUAAAUAUAAAAUUUUGAAGGCUUGGGCGUAAGACAUUGGUACUCUCUUCAGUUAAAAAAAAAAUUAUAAACUAAUAAUUUUUCUCAAUUGUUCAUUUACUUUCAUUAUUGGAGUUGAAAUUAUAUAUUUGAACUAUUUAAAGAAUAUUUAAUUUCUUGUCCCUGGCUUUAAUUGAGAACUUCACUUUAUUAGUUUGCAUUCACAUUUUGUUUUUUUUUGUGUUCGUUUGAAAUUCAUAUUUUCUAUCAAACAGGAAUAAAGUUAUAUUUAUUUUAAUGAUAUGUUUGCUGUGGAAAACUUAUACUGAAGAUAUAUAGAAAUUUAAUGACUAUCUACCUUAGUAUAUGCUAUUUAAAUCUCAAUUGUCAUUCAUAAAUAUGAUAGAUUUUUUGUGCAUUAUUGCAUCAGCAAAAAAUGUGCUUAUUCUGAAGUUUUUUUCCAUGUAAUGUGACAAAUGAAAUAUGUAUAAUUUCAAAUUUCAUAUUUGUUGUAUUGUAAUUCAGUCACUUGAAUUUUUGUAUAUGUUUUAAUGUUUCCUGCAAAAGGUUAAGUUCAGAUAAAAAAUUUUCUAAAAUCAAAUGACAUAUGAAUAAACAAUGGCUCUAAGAUAAAAAUAUGAUUAUUGAAAGGUUUCUUAGCUCCCCUCCCACCACCAUCACUCCUCUAUAGCCAAAUGUUGCUUUUUACUUUCACAUAUAUGUACUUAUAUGGUGGAAUAUAUGUAGUAUAGAGAAAAUUAUGUAAUGUUGCAGAAAAUAAAUUUUGAGAUUUCAACGGAAAUACAUGUUUUGG